AGGAGGCGCAGCAGCGGUCAGCUCGUCUGGGUGGAGUGAACUUUAGGCAUGUAAUAGAGCUAAUUAGCCCAACAGAGAACGUUAUGGCAGAGUAGCAAAAGCUCUAAAAGACCAAGAAUAUCCGCGGGAAAAGGAACAAGAGGCUGUGAGAUGAUGGGUGAUGUGACUGAGGAGUCGCUGUUGAAUUAUUUCUUCUCUGCCGGUGGGAACUCCGGCAGAGUGAAAAAUGCAGAUAUGCUGAAGACGUUUAAGCCCUUCAUUGGCCACAGUGACCCGCAGUUACGCGCUAAAUACAGAGAGGAAUUCAAGCUAAUCAUCGACAGAAUUGCUGUGGUGAAGUCAGAGAAUGGAGAGAAAUAUCUCGUCCUAAAGAAGAAGUACAGAAACUUGCUGCAGGAGCGAGACACCAGACAUCAUGAGACAGACGGAAACGCUCAGAGAAAUCAGAGCCUGGCCAGAGUCACAGCCGCUGCGCAGUGGGAGGCGAUGGACAUCCUGACAUCAUCUCCUUCCAAGAAAGAAGAGCAGGACGAGCCAAUGUCAUGUGGAGAGCCUGAUGAAGAGGAACAGCAGGCUGGAACAGACAGUGUUCAUCACUUUUCACACCCACCUUCUGCUGCCCACAUCAAUGAUCCCUCAGCACUAAACAACGGGGAGGAUGAGCUGGACAGAGAUUCAACAUCAAAGUCCGAGUCGGAACAUGACGAGGAGUCCACUGGCAGCAUGGGCUCCGCUUCUGUCGCCCUGGAUCCUACAGAGAAAGAGUGGAUCUACCACGCUGCCAGCGCUCGAGUGCCUGACCUCUCGCAGUUGCUCAUGCAGGAACCCUCACUGGCAAAUAAAAAGGACUUCACCUCUGUCUUUACCGCUCUGCACUGGGCCGCCAAACACGGCAACGAGAACAUGGCCGUUCUAGUGGCUGACGCUGGAGCAGAUGUCAACACUAAAUCUCAUGGGGGAUACACACCUCUGCACAUUGCAGCGUUGCAUGGUCAUCGUCACAUUCUUGAUCUACUCAUUGGAACUUAUGGGGCAAAAGAAAACGUCCGAGACUACAGCGGCCGUCUUCCCGGCCAUUAUCUGAACAUCAAAGACCCUGAAGGUCCCCAGGAGGACUGCGACCUGCAAUUUCAAGUCGCUCAGGCCAGGGAGAGGAACAAGAACAGGAAGUUGGUGUCGUUGUUUCACUCCAAGAAGAAGUGGGGCUCAGCGGAGGAGCUGGCUCCGAUAGAGGAGGAGAGGACAGCGUCGCAUCAGCUCGCCCUUCCUCCUUUCAGGCCCAGAAAGUUCUCCCGCUGAGGAAAAACACACAUUCAACACACACACACACUGACCAAACAGUACUACAAAUAAUAUGAGCAGAUGCAUAACCUGGAAACACUUAAUAACGCAACUAGAAGGCAAUAUGGGACACAGAUGCUGCAACGUAAAGUACAAAUUUGAAAGUGCUGCUUUAUUCAUAUGUACAUUAUGCUAUUCACUGAAGUAUUUUGAAGCUUGCAAAGUUUUAAUGAAUGUUACUAAAUGUUACUUAUGAUGUAACGUGUUACAGGGUCACAUCAGUUCAGGCUGCAGGAUUCUCAGAGCUUAACAUUUUCAUUUAGUGUAAUUUGAGAGAGGAUGGAGAUGAGUGGAAAACAUUUAGUUACUGAUCAUGUUCUGGAAUUUAGUUUUCUCUGCAGACGCUAAGUAAGACUGUCAGUGUUUUAGUUCCUUAGCUUGUCCUGAGUUCAAAAUCUGAUCAGGAAAACAUUUUCAAUAUAUAUAUUUGUUUUUUUAGAUAAAAUUUGCAGGGAAUUAGGGAUUGCAGAAUGAAUGAUGAGAAAACGAAUCCACAAUUCUGUUAAAAGUAUAUUAAACAAGUUUGUUUCUAUUUUAACCACUCAUUAAAAUCUUUGUUCCUAAAAAAUAUGUGAACAUUUUGCAAAAGAUAGUAUCCACUUAGAGCUUUAGCCUUACAACUUGCUAAGUUAGGAAUUCAUAACCUAAAAAAAAUAAACCUUUGGUUUGUGACAACAUGUCAAAAAUGCUUCUGUCACAAGGAUUAAACCUGCUCCAGUUUUUAUUAAAGACAAAAAUGUAUUAGAGUUAAAACAUUUGGAGCACCAUUACAACCUUGAAGUGGUAUAAGGAAAACUUCUUCACCAAUUUAACACAAAAAGGCAAAGUGGAAAAAAUUCAGUCCUACCUUACUUUAAUACUUAAUCUUUUUUAAACUUUAUUCUAAAUAUAUUUUUAAAAUGUAGCCUUUCAUUACAAUGUAAU